CAGUUUCCUUCUCUCAUUGAGAAAGAGGAUUGGAAGGCCGGGCGUAUAAAGCCGCGCAGAGAGCGUGAAACAAAGCAGUCGGAUCGGAAUUGGACUUGGGAAGCGCGGUGUGGAGUCAGGCAUAAAACUUGUUGGAGGGGAGUAACGAGCCUGCUCCUCUAGCCCCUCAUCUGCGCUGCGCUUCAGGAGUUCCCACCAGCUUUGCGUUUUAUUUUUAUAUGUUUUUUAUAUAGAGAGAAAUAUAUAUAUUUUUUCCUCUUAAGAGACAAUUCCUGUUCCAAGAGAAAAUAAGGCAAGAUCAAUGAAGGAGAGAAGAGCCAGCCAGAAAUUAUCUAGUAAAUCUAUCAUGGAUCCUAAUCAGAACGUGAAAUGCAAGAUAGUAGUGGUGGGAGACAGUCAGUGUGGGAAAACUGCGCUGCUGCAUGUCUUCGCCAAAGACUGCUUCCCUGAGAAUUACGUCCCUACAGUGUUUGAGAAUUACACGGCCAGUUUUGAAAUCGACACACAAAGAAUAGAAUUGAGCCUGUGGGACACUUCGGGUUCUCCUUACUAUGACAACGUUCGGCCUCUCUCUUACCCAGAUUCAGAUGCCGUGCUGAUUUGCUUUGACAUCAGUAGACCAGAGACUCUGGACAGUGUGCUAAAAAAGUGGAAAGGUGAAAUCCAGGAGUUUUGCCCCAACACCAAAAUGCUGCUGGUUGGCUGCAAAUCUGACCUUCGGACAGAUGUUAGUACAUUAGUAGAGCUCUCGAAUCACAGACAGACACCAGUGUCAUAUGAUCAGGGGGCAAAUAUGGCCAAACAGAUUGGAGCAGCCACUUACAUUGAAUGCUCAGCUUUACAGUCAGAAAAUAGUGUCAGAGACAUUUUUCACGUUGCCACCUUGGCAUGUGUAAACAAGACAAAUAAAAACGUUAAGCGGAACAAAUCACAGAGGGCCACAAAGCGGAUCUCACACAUGCCCAGCAGACCAGAACUCUCUGCAGUUGCUACGGACUUACGAAAAGACAAAGCGAAGAGUUGCACUGUGAUGUGAAUCUCUGUCUCUUUAAUGAGGACAAGGAAGUCUAGUGUAAAAAACACAAACAACAAAACAGAAAGGUGAAGUCUGAAUGAAGCGCACAGCCAAAGUCACGUAUUCUGGAGGCUUAGGAGGUGUUUGGAAAGAUGCUCAUCUUUUUGGAAUCCUGUCCUUAGGUUCGGCAUGUAGAACAGGCAGUUCAGUGAAUACGUUGAAGAGUGUUGAAGUGUGACUUGAAAAAUAUGCCAAAAAAGAGAGAUUCAAAUGGGCUAGAAGUAGAUAAAGAGGAACGAGAGGACCUCCAAGAAGAAGAAUCACGUUCUGAAUGGUGCUUGCGUUUUUGUUUUCUUUGUUACAAUCUCUUCAUGGAUCUCUACUUUGAUUUAAUUUUUAAAUGUUUUAAUCUCCUUUACAAAAAGUAUAUAUUAAUAUACCGUCCUCACUGGGGAACUGGCACUGUGACCUUAGCGUUUAGUUUUCUAGAGGAUGUGAUCUAAUUUCCUCCUAGCUCAUCAUUAAAAUGGAAAUUGUAUCAGGACCCAUGGGAUAUCCAGAGGAAAAGUUUGUAAGGCUUUGAAAUCUUGCCUUCCUGAAGAUAGCUGAGCGAGAUGGUUCUAAAGAAAGGCUUUUGGAGUCUGGCAAGAUAUGCAGACCAGCACUACAAAGAUCAAAUAGAGCAAAUAGAAAAAAGGUGUCCGUUUUUAUGCAGUCUGAUGGUUCUGUUCAUCAUUGUGAUUGUCAUUGAAAAGUGGUAAAUUGCUCAAUGUAAUAUUUUUGUGCGCUGUUUAGAAAAGAGGGUGUGUGAUUUCUUUUGCCAUCAUUGAUGAAAGUGCAAAGUCAAAUGAGAGGUGUCUUGGUUUGACGUCAUAAAAUGAUCCAAGGGGGGAAAAUAUCUAAAAUGUAGGUACUCUUUUCCCCUGAAGAGAUAAUGAAGGAAUAGUAGCAGAAAGCACAGUUUGUGAGUAAAGCUGUCUGGAAUUAAGUUACCAAAAGUACAAAGCAAAAGGCCUAUUAUUUUGGGAUGAAGCUCCAAAGUUGACAGCAUCUGAUAUCUCUUGGUUUAUUUCACUUUCUUUAAAAGAACAUCUCUAAGAGAAGGACCUUCUUACCUAAGCUUUAGAGAAUCCUUAGAAGAAAAGUGUGAUGUCAGUCCUGACACUACACUAGGGCAAUUCCAUAGAGCGAUUGCUUACCCAGAUUCCUCACGUAACCAGAUUCAGCCAAGGCCGGUGUUCAAUACUUGAUUGCUGUUGUUCCGUAAAAUAAUCAGCAUUGAAAAUAGUUUACAGAUAUUUUUUGACCAGUUCCUUUUAGAACUUCUUUCAGAGGAGAAACCAGAUCUGACCUGUUUAUUGUUGGCGCUUGUUGAAAACGAGCUUUCUUUCCAGUGAUAAAGCUUCAUUUUUGAAGUGUUGAAGCUGUGCUCCCAUUAAAUUGUAGCAGAAGAGGAGAUUAAGGUAAUUACAACAUUCAGUCCUUUGUCUUACAAGCACUUUGUUUUGUCUCUGCAAGAAAAUACCAUUCCAGUCAUUUCCCACGAAAUACAGACGUUUUACCAACAUAAUAUGCUUUGAUUGAUGCAGCGUUAUGCUUUGGGCAGUAUUACAAAAUAGCUGGCAAGUGCUUUCUGUAUUUAAAUAUUGUAAAAAGAAAAUAAGUUAUAACUGUUAUAAAGCAGAACUUGCGUUGCAUUUUUUUAAAUGUUGAAGUCACUUUGUAUGUUUGUUUGGUCAAUGUUUCCGCAGUAUUUAUUAAAACAUACUUUUGUUUUUCUUUCAAAUAAAAAAGUAACCAUGUCUUUGUCUAAAUAUGAUUUGUCCUUUAUUAUCUACUUCCUGGUUUAGCUGUUUGGUUUUGUUCUUUAAUGGAGAUGAUGAGAGCAUCCAGCCUCACGUUUUCUAAACUAGUAAGCUUUGGAAGUUUUUGAUUCUUCCUGGUGGUGGAAGUUUCUUGGGCAAAAGCUAAAUCUGCGUAGGUAAGAGGUUUUUCAUAACAAUUUCAAAUCACAAGAAGAAAAUGGAGUAUUACCAGACUAAGUGGUUCGAUCAUAGAAAAAGAGCUACGAUACUGCAUAAGAUUAAAAAACAUGGAAAAAAAUUGUAAAUGAUAAAAGAUAUGGAACUCUUUAGUAAUAAGACAGUGUGAGGUAGUCUCAGGUCACACGUUUAAUUCUGCUUAUGAGCUGUGUUUGCUUUCUUGCCCUUUGUCCCCCAACCCAUCCCUCACUUCCAGCCUCAGUCCCUAACCCAGCCAUCCACCUUGGAUUGCAUGUUUUUGUUCAGAGGUCAGUAGGGUAGAUGACCCAGGACCUAGCUAUUAACAACAAUUACAGGGAAGGGGGGGAAAGAGGACAAGAAAAACUACCCUUGUUGAUGGCAGCAUCUCUAAAUAACACAGGGAGACAAUAUGAGCUUCUCCAGGGGCUUGAAAGAUGUAAGCAUGGAAUAGCAUGGAACCAAGAGUGGCCUGGGUCCCCAUAAAUCUAGUUGGUUCAAAGUCUUUAGCUAAAACUCUCUAUAUAAACAUCCAAAGAUAUUCCAUGUAGGACUUCAAAACUCAGCUUUCUGUACAGCUGAGUCACUUCAUAUGAAAACUGCAUCCUUGUGGCUUUUUAAAAAAUGGCUUUAGCAAUCUUUGGGGUAUAGUUCCUUGGAAAUAAUUCUCAGAAGCACCAACCAAGGGGAAAACCAGAGGGGCUGGCAUGAAUGAAUGAAUGAAAGAGGAUUGACAUAAUAGGAUGGCCUUAGAAAAAAGAUUUAAAAAGAAUUACCAAAAAUGUAACUCAUUCUUGGCAGUAAGCAGUAAAGGAAAUAAAAGUACUUUCCUAAUCCUUGGUGUUGAGUAACUUCUAGGCUUAAUAUCUAAAUCAGGCUUGUGAGAAACUUGUUUCUCAACAUCGACUGGCACAGAAAAAAAAAAGAAAGGAAGAAAGAAAGAAAAA